AUGCCGAAUUCUUAUUCGCCAAAGUAUGUGGAGGCUCUUUGGUACGAGUGGUGGGAGAAAUCUGGUUUCUUUUGUCCGGAACAUGAGUUUCGUCGAAUUCCCAAUGAGAAGUUUGUUAUGGUCAUUCCUCCGCCCAAUGUGACUGGAAAUUUGCAUUUGGGACAUGCGCUCACGAACAGUAUCGAAGAUGCAAUCACGCGUUGGCAUAGGAUGAACGGGCGAACCACAUUGUGGCUUCCGGGUUGUGAUCAUGCUGGGAUCGCCACACAAGUGGUUGUAGAAAAGAAACUAUGGAGAGAGCUUAAAAAGACUCGGCACGACCUAGGGCGCGACGCGUUUAUUGAAGAAGUAUGGCGAUGGAAAGAGGAGCGUGGUAUUGAACCGGACGACAGCGAAGCUAGCUUCUCGGAAAUUUGGGUAGGGGCGUUGCUCGAACGUGGGGCCAUAGGGUCCAAAGCAUGUCGGUGA